GCAUCGAUGGGUCAGUUGUUGAGCAGCGGAGGGACGAUGGAGGAAGGGAACGUAGCGCAGAGGCUGGGAGUAGCCACAGAGAGCGUCGCACCCCUUGUUGGAGGGUCCUCUCCACACAUGCAGUCGACCAGCAACUCGAAUAUUAGUCAGGAACCGUUCGAGGUUGACCUUCCGCCUGUCAUUUCACCGCCCCGUGCCAAUUUCCAAGUACAUGAAGGGGCCUCCCCCAAUGCUGCUCCAGUGUCCAGCUCAGUGGAGGCAUGGAACGUUGCAGACGGAGCCAAUGGGGAACACCUCAGAGUGAGUUUGAACCUCGUGCCUGUCGCCUCAGGCAGCGGUGAAAACGGAGAAUCCAGCGCCCAGCCCUCGAGACAAGUUUCCACUAGUCCGACCAGAAGUCCGACAGUGGUUGUGUCUCAAACGACUCAGAGACGAAGGGGGCAUGGUGUGCAGAUGACCCUGACGAACUCCCUCCUCCCCCCGCCUCCUCCCCAGCUGCCGAACCUCGCACAAGAGGCUCUGCAGAGACUGGCCCAGAGCGAGGCAGCGAGAAACAAAGACGACUCCAUUGAUGAAUUCAGACCACUCAAAAAGAGGAAACUCUGCCAGGAAGUAGAUAACGAUGCCGAGGAUGAGGAUGAGGGUCAGACCUGCUCUAUUUGUUUCGAGCCAUGGUCCAACUCUGGAGCCCAUCGAAUAGCUUCGCUCAAAUGUGGACACCUCUUUGGCUGGAAUUGUAUAGAGAAGUGGGUGAGGGGACGGGGAGGAGAGGGAAAGUGUCCACAGUGCAAUGCCAAGGCGAGAAAGACAGACAUCAGGACCAUAUUUUCCAAGUCAAUCAGAGUGGUGGACACCAGCGAAAGAGACAGAGCCAUUCGAGAGAGAGACGAGGAGAAGGUGCUGAGGAUUGCUGCACAGAAGGCAGAGGCCCAGGCGGUGCUCCAGUGCCAGUUGGCAAGAGCCGAGUGUGACAGACUCAAGGAGCAGCUGAAAACACUCCGCCAUCAGCUUGAGGAGUUCACAACUCGGGGCGUCCAAUCCACGGAUUGUGCAUCUGGUUCUGCUGCAGUCCCGGUCGUGUUGCAGGGCCAAAAUGACGACAGUGGUCGCUACGCGUUGUUCAAAACCAUCUCGGUAUCGCCUGACGGAGGUGCUCGAGUUUUGGCCCACGACGCUUCCCUCGGCAUGCUAGUGGUGUCCAAACCUUCAGCUCACCAGAUCCUGCCUGGCUGUGGGCUCAUGAAGUACAGCACCUUUGAUCUUGCCCAUGGAGAGUACGUCGCAGCUCACACGGGCGUGAUUCGCGACGCGGUGUUCAGUCCUCGAGGUGACGGUCUGGUUCUGACAGCCUCCAUGGACAAGUCGUGCAGACUCACCAGUCUACACAGCAACUCUAACGUUCUCACAUACAGGACUUCGAGUCCAGUCUGGGCAUGUGCGUGGAAUGUGGAUGACCCGAACUACGUGUAUGCGGGGCUGAACCACGGCAGUAUCAGUGUGUUUGACCUGAGGAACACGGCCGACAGUGUGGCUAGUCUCCAGAGCGUAGGAGACAGGGCUCCUGUUACCUCUCUCACCUACGUUCCUCUCUCCUCUCUCUCCUCGUUCAAUGCUAGUGGGCUCCUAGCAGGAAGUAUGAAUGGCUGUGUCUUCUGGCAAAAGGACAACCACCAACAAACCUUCCUUCCUCACCCUCUCUCCAACAUUCCAGGUCCUUUCUUUCAUACCUCAAACUUCAUACAUAAAACAAUGCUUUGACCCAAGUCCUGUAAAUUAUAUCCAAACCUAGUGUUAAAACAUCUUCGAUCCAAGCAGCAAGUUCUCCUGCUUGUAGCCAAUAGGCAUGAAAUUAUAGUAUAGUAGCAUAUGUACACUGUACACUGUAACUGUUGAAUUCUCACACUGGUUGGCUCCAGGGAACUGCACUUGUCUCUCAUUUGAACCUUCGACCAGACAUUGCAUGGCCUCCUUCAGACCGUCAAAGAGGGCUCCAGGCACACCUCACAGCACUCAUGUGCUGUGCCAGUUGUGUAAUGUGCCUAGAGACGAGCCGUUGUCUUGCCGACCUAUCCACCAGUUUGUUGGUGGGACAUCUCACAGACUCCUGUCUCGCUCGAGGCUCUUCCAGAGACCUGGCCUAGACUGCAGCAGCAUUCUGGCCGCCUUUGGAGUGGAGGAACACAACUCUGUGAGUAUCUGGAAUGCAUCGACGAUGGCGAGACUCCAGACCCUCUCCCUGUGUCAGGGACCAGCACUGGACAUCACUCCAUUCUCAUGUGGAGAGAAGGACUGCCUGGCAGUCGUGUCUGAGACCACUCUCUCUCUCUUCCACUGGCAGACACAGGCAACCUCCCCCACCACUUGAUAUGCUCCGAUACCACACAAACUACUGCCAUUUUUAAUGACCUCUUAUUAACCCUCGGCGCGCAUGCGCAGCGAGGGUUACGGUAGUUGUCCCGUAAGUACGUGUGUCUGUCAGUCUGUCAGUCUGUCUGUUACCACGUUUUCUGCCACCGCGCGCACGAAAU